AUGAUGGCUGAGGGCAGGUUUUUCGGCGCUGAUCAAUUUAACCCGCGGCUCAUCACUACCCAGAUCAUAGUCAUGCAGAGCUCUUUCUGGUUUUGCCUUGGUGCAGCUGUGGCUUUUGCAGAUUGGCUCCUCAGUGAAGAACAGAGUGCAGCCCAGCUUUUCCAACCUGAAGCGUACACGUGGAACACGAGGAGAGGAUUGAUUCUGGCUCUGGCUUUGUGGUUCACUUCUCUGGUAAUGGCUGUUGAGCUGCGCUUCGUUGUCCAGCGGGCUAAAAAGUGCUUGGAUUUUGUGACAACGUACCACUUGUUUCACUUAUUGGCGACAUUCCUGGCCGAAGGCUUCCCUGCAAACAUGGAAUGGUGGAUCAUCCAGCUGCCGGCUCUUUUCGUUGCAGUUCUGCUGGGGGAGUACUUGUGCAUGCAAGCUGAAACACAGGAUAUUAAGCUUUACAAGAAGCCGAAGGUGUCCAGACCAAGCUUCGACGAGAUUUAG